CAUGGCGGCAGAAUUUGAUGAAAGCGUAGUUUGAGAUUAUGUCGCAGCAUGAAAAGCACCUCAGUGCGUAUUUGAAAUCCAAACGCUCUGGAUCAACAUCGUCAGGUGCUGCAAAAGAUAGGUAAGACUUGGAUUUCAAAAGGUAACGAUUAAGAGUUCUUUGCGUCAGUUACUCUGUAGUCUGAACGUUACCCGAGCAACGACGUGAUAAAGUAUGCACCUAAACUUUUUCUUCAAGGCCAAUAAGGCAUUAACCUGCAGAAAAAACUCGCUCCUCAUUUGAACCCUAUCAAAUGAACGAUGAUCACUUUUUAUUGAUUCUUCUCAUUGCACACUGGUACAGUCGUCAAUUUAAAAUGCACAGGGUUAACUUAGGGCUGAAAAAUUUGUGAACUAUUUCAAAUCUUUAGCCUGGAACGAUGAAAUUGAGCGCUCUCACCUCUAUUCCAUGAUUCCUCCCUCCUCCUUAGAUUUACAGAGGAGAAAAGAGGUGAAGGGGUGAGCUGUCAAUAAAGUCAUGAUCUUGGUUGAAGGAAGUAGGAUAGCUUCUUAGCCACAGUACACGGUUUAAUUAGAAGUUUCACUAAAAGCUUGUUACUAGCAGUCCACCACCGCCCAUAAAACCUCUUACCAUCAUCUGUUUAGCCUCCAAGUGGGCUCUCAUUCUUGGGUAAAGGGGGUAAGUUUCUAAAGAAACUGUUUUGCUGCAUCAGUUGGAGAGUAUGACAAGGUUAUUUGCAUUACCAUAUGAGUUUAUUAGCCUCUGUUAAGAGUUUCAAAGCUGUCAUUUUGAGCCUUAGCCCUUCAUCAGAGCAAAACUCUGACAUGGGCCAACGUCCGUGAUCAUCAAAACCUCAGCUUUGAAACUCUUAACUCACAAAUAUCAACUCAUUGGAUUAUACCAAAUGAUCUCCUGCAUGGGUUUUGCUUUGUGGCCCCUUUUCAGUUUGGUCACCGAGUACAUCUAAUGCAUCGGCAUCUGGAAAAAGUUAUCAGAACCCCUUGUGUAAUUUACCCUCUGUCCCAACUGGUAUGUAUCUUUGAAAAUUCCAGUCAUGAUGGAUUACCAGAGAAGAAUAUAAUCAGUUAUUAAGUUCAUCUUAUGUUGGAACAUGGCUGUACAAGUCAUCCUUCCCUACAAUUAGCAAAACUAAUGAGUUGAAAAUUCUAUUACCCUCUCAUCUUAUUAAUCUCAAAUAUUGUGUUUUGAAUUCAAUAUUAAGUUACUUUGUAGAAUGUUUAAAAAAAAAGUUGGGUGUAUUUUUAUACACUGGAACCUUGAUUAUCCAGACUCAUUGGUAGUUGACAAAAUAGUCCAGAUAAUCGAGGGUCCAGAUAAUCAAGAAUAUGAAUAUUAAUGAGGAUAAAAAACUGAUUAAAUUAAGAAAGUGACAUUUAAUUGUGAAACAAAACAUUUACAAGUCAUUUUGAAAGAAAUAUGGUCUACCUCUACAGGUGUGUAUUAACAAUAAAAAUUAAUGAAAAAUGUUUUUUCAUUGGCCUUAAAAUGUUGAAGUAAGUCAAUUUGUCUUAAAGAAGAACAUCUUGAAAUCAGCGUGGAAUCUCACUUAGCAACAAGCAACUCUAAGCCAAUCAGACCUCAUUCAAAUGUUCUUCAUUAGUUAUGAAACAUAUGAGUUCUGCUUUUGCUUUUUGAAAGCAAAACAAACUUGCCUUUACUUCACUUUUCAGUGCUGUAGUUUUAAAAAGAAUAUGGCAAUGGAUGUUGAUCAUGACUAACAAAUAUUCAUGACAAAAUUGGGAGCAGAGAAAAAGUCUGGAUAAUCAAGCUCUGAUUGUAUACUCCACAAUGAUGUAUAAAUUUAUUCUGAUUUUGUAGGAAUGCCCACACUGGGAAAAAACCAUCAACAAAGCAAUUAGGAAAAUCACAGCCAUCUGCUGAUUUGAAACUGAAGAGAGGAUUGGACCUUACCAGGUUUCUUCUUUAUAUAAUUAAUCUUUACAACACAAGAAGCUCAGUUACAGUGUCAAAUUGAUGUUGCUGAUUCCACAACUGUUCACUCAUUUGUUUCUAAGGAUUCCAGAGGAAGUCAUCUUAAAGAUAUUCAAAUACUUGAGUCCCUCUGAACUGCUGGUAUGUGCUCAGGUGUGUCACAAAUGGUCUGCAGUUUCACAAGACAGGUAUGUUUGCACAUGGACAAGUGAGUUACCAUCAUUCAGUAAUUAAGAAGUAAUGAAUUCCCUACCUAAUGUUGAUAAAAUGUCAGUUACAUGUAGCAGCUGGAUAAAAAACCACUAAUUCUCUAUUAACAUAGAGCAAUUAUUACCAAAGGAAUGUAUUUAUAACAUUUAGCCAUGUUCUUUACAUGUAGUAUCAGAGGAGAUCUUUGAUCCAUGUGUAAAGAGACAGGUUACAACAUCAGCUUUGACUCAUGUCAUAAAUUACAAAAGGCUUGUUGUUUGUCUGAUAUACCCUGUAAAAUGAUGAUGACGAUGGCAGGUUCCUUGAGUCCAAGGAUCAGCAGGAAGGUCAUCCCUGUUGAUAUACCCUCUGGUGACUGUGAUAGCUGAUCCUUGAUCUGCACACUCUGCCGCACCUUGGGCAUGGGUGUUCUUGGGCAAGGGGGGCUCAGGGCUGCUGUUGCCUUUCUUUUCUUCCAUUUCUCCUCUGCAGCACCUCUUAGGGCCAUCUCCAAGGCCACAGCACCUCACCUUGACAUCGCUGUCCAGAUUUCCCUCUCCUUUGAGUUUCUUCCCAAUCCUUUUCUGGGAUCCCAUCAUACUGUAAAGUAUUUUGGCAAAAACAACCCUUACCUUAGCAUCUCUUAACUCUGAUGAUGACCACUUCCCAGUUUUUCCUGAAACUUCAUCAACAGACAACAGUCUCUUUCAGGACCAGGGUUCACCUAGGCUAUACUUAACUAUUCCACACAACUCUCAUAGCUGUUAAAGUUUAUACUGCAUUAAAUUUUUUGGAGACCUUAUUUGAUCAAGCUCCACCAAAGAUUCUAUGUACAUUAAUCACUCCUCAUGUUCCAUGGCAAGAUUGCUUUUGCCAUGAUCAGUAAAUACAAUUUUUUAAUUAGUAUGAAGUUAGUUUGUGUAAAAACCUUUUAUGCAGUUUUUGCUAUCAAUUGAAAUGUAACAUUAUUUGAUUUUAUCAAUUUAUUUGCCUUCAAUUUCUUUCAAAUCAUACAUUCACCUUUACAAAUUGAUGUGGUUUUCAUAAGAUCUAAAAAGAUAUUACAACAAACCUUGUUUUCAUGUCAAUAGUCACUGACUUUGAAGAUGAAAAGUUUCCUUUUAGGUUGUUGAAAUGUGAGUCAAUGUCAGCAAAAUGUCAUUCUCAGUACUACUUUUACUUUAAUUUAGACAAUCAAAUGUUACUCUUGGAUUCCAUUAGUUCUGUAAACCUUUGUUUGGAGUUCCAAAUACAUCAUUUUGUUCUUUUUUUCUUAUAUUGUAGCUGUUUGUGGGAGCCACUGCUUCCUUAUCUUCCAAAGCGAGUCAGAGAUAAUUUAACCUUCAAAGAAACAAAAGAGGAAGGUUUUGACUGGAAGCGUGAAGUAAUCAAAAGGUGUCACAAAGAUUUCUGUCAAUUUCUUGUGCUGCUUGUUAGGACUAAACUGAGUCAGUUAUGGUAUCCAUUACACUGCUAAUUGAAUUUUUUGUACUCAUGCAAUGCAGAUGUAUACGUGCAAGGAAUGAGGAGAUGCUCAGAAAGCGAGGAGUUUCACCGUACACUGGCUUACAGAAAGAUGCGUUUCAUCCCCUUAGGUUUGUUUUUAAACAAGAGUAAAAAGUUAAAAGAUAAUACAAAGUGGUUAAUAUCGAAAAUUCGACUCUUUACAGUAAGCGUUUGAAAGUAAGCUAGCAUCAAAAUGAACUUAACACGAGGCUAGCCCCACUUCCCACCUCACGUAAAUGAAAUUUCUGUACACGCAUAAGAUGUCAACAACUCUAUUUUUUGUUACCCAGGUUUACUGACAUUAGAUGGAAGCUUUGUGUUACAGACACCUCUGGUAAGGAAUACUGGCGGUCGUCCGACUGCUGCACUCUUUUCCAGUCUUCACUCUGUGUCCGCUGGUAUUCCCUAAAUCUACCACCUCUCUCGAGACUGAAGACACUUCAGGUGUUUUCUUUUGUGCCAGUUUUCUUUAACAGAAGUUGGAAGCCUCACUAUGAAAGGUGAUCACAGUCGCUCGUAGGGGUAAAAAGGGUUUUCUUUUUUAAUACAUGAUUGAAUGGUCAAUUAGGCAUCCGUACGACAAUCACUUUAUCACUCGGAAACUCUCGGCUUUUUUUUAAUUUUUUUUUACAUUUAUCUUUUUGGUAAUAAGGAGGAGAGCUUUCACUGAAAGAUGUCAUAACAUAGGAAGUGUGAAGUAAGGGAGAAUGCUCUUCUCGUCUAAAUAAAUAAAUUAUCAGGAAAUCAAAAUUUAACCUAUGGAUUCUGCGUAGUAGCCAGAGAAUUCUCUCUGAUUUUCGAUGGUUAACGCAUUACUUUGCAACACAGUUAAUGGAACGACCACAAAAGCAAACUGUAUAGUCUAGUCUUGUUUGUAAAUUGGAACAAUCAGAUCAUGGUUUCAUCUCUUGUAGGCCUUUUUUUCAUAGAUGUGGAAAUUUGAUUAUUUUAAAAGCGGCUUAUUUGUGAUGUCAUUCUCCUCAAGGAUAUUGAAAACAUCUUCACUUUCACAUCAAACCUUUUUUUCCUUUUUCAGUGCCACUACAAGAUCUCUUGUCCUCCAAUUUGAUCUUCGCUCUAAAGGUGAGAAGCAACGUCUUCAUGAGAUAUUUUAAACUAAGCAACAGUAUCCGUGACCAUUUAGUGCAGUAACUACUUUUUUGUGGACAACCUAAUAAUAACAAAAAGAAAAAGCUUUAUACUUAAUUUCCCGUAUAAGAAUUUAUUCUGCUUUUUUUUUAAAUUGAAAACUGGUCCUUCUAAGUCUCAGACUGUUUUAUAGGCGUGUUGCUGUUGUUUUUUGAUCAGGCUCCAGAAUAGCUCUUUCACAAGCCACAGCCGUCAGUGGAGCUGGGAUGAUAACAGCACAUGUGAUAUGUUCCUCCGUUUUAGCAGCUUGCUGGAGCGCCUCUUGGAAAGUAAGUCUUCUCUCCUCAUAGGAGAUAGCGCUCAUACUUCACCUGAAAAGGUGUAGAAUCAUUGAUUUGCUACGAGUAUGGGUUAAGAAUGUUUGCAUCACCAUGUGUUGCAAGAAGUUAUGUGAUAGUCACACUCCAGUUGCUCCGAAAGCAACUUAUUGAAACAAAUUUAAUUUUUUUUUUUUGCAUUGACGGUUUCUUUUUUUGUUUGUUUAUUUAUUUUUUUUACAUCUUACAGGAUGGUGGGGAACUCGCUUUUCUUACACUUUGCCUUCAUCAGCACAAUCUGACUAAAAAAGUUCUUCUGGGUUCGCAUUGCAGGUUUGCAAUAAAUAAUGUCCUUUUAUUUCCAAAUUACAUGUACUCUUAUGUGUUUAGAGCUUGCCAAACCCGCCAUAAUUUUGAGGCAUAGCAUAGUGGUCAAGUGAUAAAUUGUCUCUUCCUCUGUGGUAGUUAGUACUUUGGACUUCUUGACCCAGCAUUCUUCAAUCGAGCUUUACAAGCCACUUGACAAUUACAUUCGCGUCUCAACCUAUCCUCGUAUCCAGAGGUAGUGAUAAUGCUCCUCUGGGACGAUUUAAAGCCCAUGCAGAAUAGGCAGCGGGGGGCGUUUUCUGCCCUUUGAUGUUCAUAGGUGGAGAGUAGCAGAGAGAAAUUAUCUCAGGAGCAAUAUUGCAGGGCAGUCAGUACGUGUACGUUCACAUUGACUGAAUCUCUCUCGGGAGUGUUCGAAGACAUCAUAAAGACAUCAUAAACGAAUGAAACAGAAGGCGAUGUUUAAAAAUAAAUGACACAAGAAUACUUGAGAACAGAAAUUUCUGUUACUUCGAGCUGGAGUCGAAAGAACGAUUAAGGUUUUACAGGUCUCGCUUUUGUUCACUGAUCAGCUGAAAACACGCCAUUUACUCGACUAUCUGAGACCGGUACCCUGUCAAUCGUGUCGCAUUUGGCAUCGAUAUUUUUCAGACACUUGUACAAAAACAAUUCAUGUGAUUUUUCCUGUUAGAACCUUCAUACCGUCAGCCCACGUGCCUGUUCCUGAUGACAUAGACCCAAAGUAUGGUAAGAUCACACCUGCAUGAAUAAAUUUCUGUUUUUUUUUACCCUUUAACUCCCAUGAGUGACCAAGACAGAAUUUCUCUUUACAAUAUCAAUACAAUAUCAAGCAGACCAAUGAUGAGAAUAUAGAAAAAUUUCAAUUAACGGAUUAUUAGUUGAUCCAAUACCAAAUUUUCAAAAUCAACAUCAUUAGAUUUGUAUGGCAGACAGUAGAGAGAAUUACCUAUGAGAUCUUGGAAGUAAAAGGGUUAAAAGGAAAACGUAAUCUGAAAGAUGCAUCUCGAUGUUACACACAUCUUUUUUCCGUUAACAUGAGUUUUGGAAAAACUAUUUCUCAUACUUGUAAUAACCUCAAGAAGUAUGCAUGUAUAAUUUAGAAUUAGGAUUCAUCAUUAACAAAGAGGAAAAGUGUAAACUGCAAGCAUGCCAAAUGUGUAAGCGUUAGAUUUACCCAAUGACUCGAUUCUCGAUGGGAAUUUGGUUUUUCCGAGUGAUACGACCAUAUAAGUCGAGAGAGAGAGAGUACAAUUAAAGGCUCAAUUUCCUUGGAAUAGUUAUGUCAAAAUUGUUGGCUGUUUCAAGCAGAUCGCUAGUGUAUCAAGGAGGAUUUGUUUAACAGUAAGAAUCAUAGCUGAGCAAGAAGAGACCACAACGCCAUUUCGUUCGUGGUUAGUUAACAAAAUCGCCCGCUUGGUCUUAGAACGCGGCGUCACGCAAAGCGUUUUCUGAUUGGAGAGAAACUGUGUUGCGUGACUGCGAAACUAAGUAGCUGUUGCAAAGGAACCUGGCCUUGCACGUGUACUGACAAUAUGACAUCUUUCUAAUCAGGACUUCAUGGAUAUUCUGCCACAAUAGAACUGAGAAAUCACAAAGCGACUUUCUGGGGAAGGCAGUACAGGGAACUCUACCAACGUGAGCAACUACACCGUAGAAAAUACAAAUGCAUAGUUAAGAUUGUUAAAAUUGUUGGAGACCAGAAUCGUUUAACAAAUGAUACAAGCAUACUCAGUAAACAAGGAGGUCCGAGUUCUUCGAAUUGGAGCUGUUGUUGAUCCCAAGAAAAGUUAAUUUUUUUAACCCCUGUUAACAGCGCUCGAAAUAAAUUUUCUCUCUAGUCCAGCUGUCCGUCACUGAUGAUUUGGUUUUUAUCAACUGAGUUACUAAUGUAAAUUGGCCUAAAGCUAAAGUUUGGAGCGAAUGACGAAGUGCUAGUGCGAGAAACUCUUUACGGUGGCCAAUUAAGGUUAUCAACUCAGUUGAUAAAUCAUAAUCAUCUUAUUAUACCUCCCACCGACCCAGCGAUACAAUUUCUUUGGAAACUUAUCACCUUUAUUCACCUGUUCUUCACUGAGUUGUUUCCUCUCUCGGAAAAACUGACGCACGCGGCAUGUUUAGUCACAUUAGCAAACGCUCCACUUAAAAUACGUGAAAGUAUGAAAGAACAGUUUUCUUAAGUGGCUUAAUGGUUCCGUUUUAUUGUUUUUUUCUUUAGGCAAUUUUUCUCUAAAAAUGGUUUGAAUCCUGUUCCAUAACUAAUUAUUCUUGUGUUUGAAACAGAAUACUUGGCUGAUUCUUACGUGUCCCUUGGAGGUGGCAGCCACGAACACGGUUCAUUUUCAAGGAAGCUUUCACUUCCUUGGAAAACAGAAUUAUUCAAAAACGUCUUACCCGUGAGUGCUGAAGGCAAAGAUUUUUAUUUCUUCUUCAAAGAGACCUUGCACGCUAGAUCGAGACGAAACACGCUUCUUGUUCGCUAUCUAGAAGCGCGCCAUUUUGUCUGUUUUCUUGUAGUAAAUUUGAUUAAUUAAUCACCAGUGACCCGCACAGUGACCCGCCCUUCCUGUGCUUGUUAUCACGUUUCUUCACGUUUAUGAGACUAGAACUGAUCCAUGAUGUUGCUCCUUCACUUUUUAUGAGUUAUGCUGUUUUGAAACCCUUUGUCUAGAGAUAACCUUAUUUCCUUUUAUUCUAGGAUAUGUGUUUCCUAGAUGUGACUGUUCUACAUGAUAGGAAGCCUUUCUGGUGUUUCAGGUAAGCGAAUCAGAGAAUCACACCUGUUAAACGCAAAACACGCAAUCAAAACGUAACCCACGCAAAUCAAAUACAAGAUAAUGAUUCAAAUACAUGUUUAGUUAGUCAAAUGCAAUGCUAACGCGUCGAAGUUAUGUAACACAAGUUAAACACAAGACACAAGUCACCCGUGUCAAACGCAAUGAACGUUGAACACAGAUUGCGUCGACUGAAGGCAAACUACACGCGCACGAGUCAAACGUACACACAUGCGUCGAAAGAUUCUUGUAGCAAGCUGAUCCCUUCGGCUUAUUUCGCUGCCGACAAGAUUUUUACUGUGUUGUUCAGACUUCAAAACUGAUGCAUUUACUCUGAGAUUGUGGAGUGAAGUAUAUCUGCCAACGUUUUCCAUGAACUCAUUUUGCAGCUCGCCUGUAAAAGUUCUUAUCAACAAAGUAUUAGAUGGUAAGUCUCUUCACUUACGUAUGACGGCAGGUCACAAAGGUUUUUGACUUUGGUCACUGGUAUGGAAUUAUAGACCCGAUUUACGAACACUUUAACUGCAGGCGUGAACAGCAAAACGUACCAUCUCUUAAUAACAAGGUAAUUUGGUAUUAUCGACUGAGUUUCAAGCGUUAGCCCUACGUCAUUCGCUCUAACGAAGGGCGAACACUCGAAAAGUCAGCUUUGAAACUCUUAACGGUGGUCAAUUUACGUCGUCGACUCGGUUGAUAAAACCAAAUUACCUUGUACUCUCCCGCUGACGCAGCACCACAGUUUCUGUAGAAAAUUACCCCCUUCAUUCAUUUCUUAUUAAAUCCACCAGGAAAAAGAGAGGCAUGACUCGAAUAGAGAACCAGUGACUGCCCUGUUAAAUUUAUUCAAUACUUAUUUUUCUCGCAGGUGAUUUCACUUCAGAGGGAGAAAAACAGUUUAUCGAAUUCAGUGAUGAACAUGGUUCUUUAAGGAUGGAUUUUCUCUGGGUGAGUGUUUCGAGUUGUCUAUAUUAGCUGUAGAGAUAUACUGUUGCUGAUUGUGAAUUUACGCUCCUUUAGAUCGAAGAUGAGGAACAAACGCUUGUUACUAACGUUGAGCUACGUGUCUUGAAGUCUUUUGUAAACUUCUGGUUCAACACGGCCUAUUGAAGUCAAGUAGUCUCGACCAGUCCCUACCCCGCAACUCAACACCAGUCUUCCUUGUCAAUUUAGAGGAGAACAUAAAGACCUAAAGAGAGGAUGGUGAUGUUUAUCGAAUCAGUAAUGGCGCAGUUUGUGUCUUCUUGAUCAAAGAUUGGACCCCCUAUCAUACAUUUCUGGAUCUGCCUGGGGUAUCCUAUGCUGUCGCUAACGUGCCGCUCAUCAGUUAGAAUCCCAACUGGUAUUUCUAUCAAAGCUAUUGAGGCAUCAUUGGAAAUGUCAAUUAACCCUUCUAAUAGUGUUUUACUGCAAGUAUCUACGUUUUCAAAUAUUUUUUUUUUGUUUUUGUUUGAGUUUUGGAAAAUACUGAUUUUAUUUAUUGGUUCUCUAUGAGCUGAUACUCAGCGAGUAAAUUAACCAGUCAGAACACGAAAUUUUCAAUUUGGGUUUUUUUAGGGGUUUGUUGAAGGGGUUUUUUAUAAAAAGGAAAUAAGCACACAGAUUUACAUUACAUUUUGGGUGACGGAUUCCCAAUAUUUUUCUUUUUAGGUCAAUAAAUAUUUUAUGACACCCCUCGUUUUCUCUUAAUCAAACGUUAACCCAGUGAUAAGGUGGUCUGUCUUAAUGAGGUCUACGUAAGUUCCAUAUCAUCUGCCCCUUAGACGAGUAAAAUAAAUUUCGCCCAAAAGCCACAGUUCAUAUAAUCGCUUAGUUAGGUUGAAAGAAUUAAAAUAACUGAAAAUUCCAUAAUUUGCGAUUAUUUUCAGUAGUUAUAAUUACUACAAAGCCUUAAAAAUGAAUCAAUGGGGCAGAGUUGUGAAAAAAUCCGAACAUUAAUCGAUAAAAGAAUCGUUACUGAAUGCCACAUUAUGAUUGCAAAAGUAAAAUCCUUACGUUGGGUGUACUCAUUGUAAGCUUGGAAUUCCAAAACGAAGCAAACAUAUGGAUAUGUGAAAUUUUGUUGAUGCUGAAAAUCAUUCACAGGUCGUUAUCAACAGCUGUUCUUCGAACAUUUUGUCAAUUAGUAUGUGAUGUUGUAAAUGACAGCAUUUUAAUUAUGCACAAAGAAACAACAAACACAGAAGGAAACUUUGAAUCAAGGAUAAAAUAGCAGUGAAGCAUAAUGCAU